AUGGACCAGGAUUCAUGGGUAGCCGCCACUGGAACGAGUGAUAGCCACUCCAUGGUUACAUUCCAACCAGAUUUCCCUCCUGUAGACUCUGACCCUGAACUACUCCAUGCUGAGCAGUACAGACUAGAUCCUGGGCCUCAAGCCAGGAUUUUUGAGGCACAGGAACAGACCCAGAUAGAAGAAGGGGGGACAAAGGAACUAAAGGCAGCUAUGUGGUCGAAGACAUUCAAGGAGAAACACCAAACCUUUCCCAUUCCUGAUGACAUGGACGAGGAUGUCCUUUCUCAACUUCUGAACAGCUCCAGCCUAUCAUGGAAUAUGGACACUGCAUCUUGUAGUCGAGUAGUCCCUGGGCACAUCAGUCAAAAGCUCAAGCGAUGUCAUAGGUCCUUUGGUGUUCUUCAAGAUAUCUUAGCUAACAAUCCUGUAGCUCACGUUCACAUUGUCAACAGUAAUGUGGUCUGCUCUCUGAUCGUUAACCACACAUACCCCUCAAAGCAAAGAAUAUACAUACCUGAAGACUCAAACAUGAGUUAUGGUACAGAAGGUAGACAAUGGUACAUUUUCAAUUAUUACAUGGCAGCUGGAUUUGCUUAUGUUGUUUACUUAAGCACCAUCCAUGAAGCUGCUCCUCAGGAGCAAAGAACCUGGACAGCAUGGGGAUACCUGCUUACAGGAGCCAUAGGAGCCUUUGAUUUGUUUCACCAAGAGUUCUCAAAGCGCCCCGGUGAUCAGUACAUUCAUGAUAUCGUGACGACUGAAAGGGGGAAGACACUUAUCUUCACUGGCAUUCCAUACCUUAUGUCCCUUAUUCAUGAGGUAUCAUUGUUUGAGUGCGACACUACCUUUAAGCAUGUCAAAGAUUCUUCUGGUAUGAAUGAAUGGGAGGUGGUUAUCUACUAUCCCCAAGUUCAACGAGAAACAGAUCAUUAUGAGCACCUGUUCAAUGACCUUCAGAAGCAUAUACUUGCAGUCACCAGCAAAAAAAUGUGCUUCAAGCGAUUUUCCAAAGGUGGGAAUCUUGCCUGUCACAAUGCUGACAUGGAGGCGGCGCAGGUUUUGGGAGCAGCCAAGUCAUUUACCAAAACAAAUGAGCCUGAUUUCAGUGGCAUUCCCGCUGACGUGACUCCCGAAGAUUUCGCCACAUAUUUUGUGCACCUUUGUUUAAGUCAUACCAAAAGGGGUAUUCUUGACUUCAAGAGUCUCGUCUCAGUUAAUGAUUAUCAAUGUCUCAUGGACUUUCCCUAUCUCACAUCAAUUGAAGAACUUGAAAGUUUUAUGUUGUUUGUUGCGGGGCUGAAAGUCAAGAAGAUUCAAGGCUUGCUAUGUUCACUUUUCAUCGCUCGCAUGUUACUGAUGAUGUCAUUUCAGACUGGUGGGCACACAAAAGAUUGGGAUACCAUCCCAGCAACAACAAACAUCGGUGAGGGCCAACAUCACUGGACAAAUCAACAGAGUGGGAUCAAGCUUCCCCUUGUGGAAGCCAUACUCACAUACGCAUCUUUAGAAACCAGCAUCAAGAGCGGUAGCCAGACCGAUUUGGUGCACUGCAUGACUCACAAAGUUCAACAACAAACUGCAACCGCUCAGAAAGCCCAUGAGUCAGGUGAAGUUCAAGAUCUUGCACAAGCACUUGCUGGUGAAGUCAAAGCAGAGAAAGAAAAUCAGCGGAAAUCAUUGGCUCGUGGCAAGAAACUACAUGCUCAACUCAAGGAACUCAAAACCAGCAGAGGGAAGAAGUUGAAGACAGCUCAUACGUACCACCCUCCACUGCUCCCCAAUGCCAGCUCGAGUGGCUGUGUUCACACCAUGGUGAAUCGUCGACACUCCUUGGAUUCUGCUGUUCAACAUGGGGGAAUCGAUGCCGUCAGUGAUAACAAGGAUUUCUGGGCAAACCUCAACCCAAUCGACCUUAUGCUUGACAGCGAUACAUCUGGCUUUUGGGGUGACGAUCCUGCUACUGAUCUAUCAUUUGAUGGUAUGCUGUACAACUUCCUCAACACUUUCUUACCUCCUCCUUCAUCGUCUCCACCACCGCCUUCACCCCUGCCACCUUCUUCACCACUUCCGUUGUCACCAGCCCUGCUGUCUUCUUCACCAGUCAAGGCUGUGGCUGCCAUAACCCCAGGGUAUUUAAAUGUCAAGUACGACACCCAUCGCACACAACUAAAAAUGCCUUGGAUCCUGGGUCAACCGAUCUCUUCAUGGAUUGGGCUCAACAUGUGUCAUGGUCAUCAUGCAGUUUACUGGGUCGGGUCCAUCACCUACCAAGAAGCCGAGCACGGUGACAUGAGCUUUGAAUCCCAUGCAGUGUGGAUCAGCCCAACCUGGUCCCAUCCAGUUGACACUAUACGGCCGAGUUUCGUUUUCACUCAGGUUUUAUUUGCCAAGUUGCUCAAACAUUACCUCGGCUUUUCUUUGCCGGUCAUGGUCCAGUAUUCGGUCAUGCAGUUUACUGGGUCCAUGACUUCCCAAGAAGCCGAGCACGGUGAUGUUCACAAGGCAGUCUGGCUCAAACAACAGUACUUUACCAUCCCCCACAUAAUCCACAUGGACUCCACUGGAUUCCACUGGAUUCCACUGGACUUCACUACAUACUGGCAAUAUCCACAAAACUGGACUCCACCGGACUCCCAGCACAAAACUGGACUCCACUGGACUCUCCCAACACAAAAUUGGACUGCCACAGACCUAAGUUAA